AUGAUACAGAAAGUGCUUUGCAGGAAAACAAUCAGUACUCCUGAAAUAGGAACUACCGUGUUAGUAUUAAUAAUAAUUUGUGCGUUUAGUGAUCUGAAGUUUUCACUGGGCUGGUGUAAUAAUACACUACCCUACAAAAUCCAGUUUGGAUUGUUGUUGGUGUCUUUGGGUCAGGAACAUGAACUGUGCCAAGAAGUAUUUUUCAGUCAUGAAUGGAUCCCAUUAAUGCAGUUAACUGGAGAGAUUGUGCUGCUGCUUCCUCAACUGACAAAAGGAGCCUUUGUCCAACACCAGAAUUGUUGA